GGUUCUUUCGCUUUCUUUUCUUCCCCUCGCACGAGGGUUCUUUCUCCUCCGUCCGGGAGAAGAGGGAAAACGCGGCAUGUUCCUACAAUCCUCUAUAUAAUAUGAAUAUCAUCUCCCCCUCGGGUGUUAGGAAAGAAGGAACGGGAAAGUGGAGGUUCCCCUUAACUUCAUCUAUUCAUAAUUUCCCAUUGGUUUACAAUUCUUCCAUCACUUUCCAUUUUAAAAUUUGUCCUGGCAGGCCAGUGAAUAUUUUUCGUUAUUUGAUUUGGGAAGUUAACCCUUUAUGGUUUGUAGUCAGUCUCGUUAGGUGUUGUUUUAGUUUUCAAUGCUGUUUCACGCAGAGAGGUAUUUUUCAUUGUUUUGGAAAGUGGUGACAAUUCUAAUUUGGUUAGUGCCAAAAUUGCCCUGCAUAGCAGGCUAAUAAAGAGUGAAUGGAAAAUAAACUACUAAAAGUAGUUUUGUUACAGAGUUUCUCCCUCUUUAAAGUAUUAUAUGGAAUGUCAACAAGCUAAGUUGCAAUUGGAUGUCUUUGAAGGUGGUAUUUCAUUGUACGAAGUAUAUUAUGACUUGCCCUAUUGAAUUUUAUGAAAUUCAAGAAAAGAUUAGCAUACAAAUUGCAGGAUGUUAGUCUAUUGAAUCAUUUCCAAUUGAUUUCUUAUAAUUCACUUUCAUUUAUUCUUGUAUAAUAAAGGUAUCAGCUUGAUUUUUGUCAGAUAUUCAUAAAAUAGUAAUUUUUAGAUAUAAUAAUUUGUUUUUGUUGCAAAGCUACUCUUUCAAUAUUGUGUAUGCUAAUCCACUUGGUUACUUGAACUAAAUAAUAAUUGGUUUAAAAUGAAUGAUAAUUGAUUUAAGUAGGGUUACAUUUUUCAUUCAUUUAAAAACUACCCCACUUUUUUUUUUAAAAAAAAGCAAAUUACUAAGAUGGGUUUAAAACAGGCUGAAGUAAAAUUAUUGUGAUAAAUAUUGAUUAAUGAAAACAUUUCUAGUAUUUCAUAUUUUAUAAGCAGCAGUAUGGCAAGUGAAGUAAUAUUGCAGCUAAUAGUUUUGGAUCUAUUUUGGAAAUUCAACAGAGCUCUGAUUAUGUUUAUCCAACUGUUCACUUAAGAGCUAUUAAUUGCCUAAACCCCAAGGGACUUGGUUACUUGGUUACAAAUAUUUAAUUUUGUAUUUUAAGUACUUUAUGUAUCUAAUAGUAUUAUUUUUCUAGUUUGAAACUAACAAUUUGACCUGGAAUCACUUGCAUUAUUGUGACAUAAUCUCACUUUAUUUACAGACUGCUUGCAACCUGCAUUUCCUAUUCAGAAAUAUUUUUAAUAGGGAAUCUGCAUCAAUGUUAAGAUAAUCACUGUACAGACUCAAUUGAAAGGUACAACUGGCAAUGGUUUUCCAGCAUACCUGGUGAAACAUGGUGAAAUAGCAUAUGCCAGAGUAUGCUUAUGAUUUCAGCAUGGCAGUGAUUUCUGUGUGAAAGACUGCCUUGAGUCAAACUGCUUGCUUCUAAUAAGCAGGUGGUAAUGUAAAAUAAAUAUUUACUGAGAGAUAAAAUAAAAAAUUGUGGAGAACUCUUAAUAUUAAAAAGCGUAGAAACUAGAAAGUAGAUGUGUAGCUCUGGAUUAUUUCACACUUAUUUCAUAUUGUUUCUUUUGUACAGAAACUGUAACCUUUAAAAAUCUAUUCUCUGUCACUCCAGAGUAUAUGAUCCAAAGGAUACUUUUUAACAAGAAAAAUUCUAAUUGAAAGUUGGAACAAACUUCCUAAAAGUAAAAGCAGUUUCACACUGGAAACUAUUACUCAGAAAGUUAACCUGUUUCUCUUCAUUGGUUAUGUUUAAAAGAAGGCCAGGAACCAUCUGUUCUAGGAAAAUGAUUUGAGAGCUUCAUGGUGUGAUAAUGCAGAGUGCCAGUUCUUGGGAUGGUCACUUCAUUGCUACAUUUGAUUCCCUUGCUCUGAGUUCCUAUUUUGAUUUCCUGCCUGGUGACUGUCCUGAAUAAAGGUGCAGAGGAAUGGGCACUCCCAUUUUGGCUUUCUGGACAUGGGAGUUUAAAUAAAGAUGCAGCUGUAAUCCUCGGCUGUGUGUCUCAUUGAAAGGACCUAAUGUUUUACAUUAUUGGUGGGAUCACAGUGGUAUCUGUGGUAGCUUUCUUUUUCACCAUUAAGUUCCUCUUUGAGCUUGCCGCACGUGUAGUCAGCUUCCUCCAGCAUGAGGACCGGGAACGUCGAGGAGAACGGACCAUUUAUGACUAUGUGCGAGGCAAUUACUUGGACCCCCGCUCUUGUAAAGUGUUCUGGGAUUGGAAGGAUCCCUGUGAGGUGGGACGUAGUAUGGCCUUCCGAGUGCAUUUGUUUUAUAAGAAUGGCCAGCCUUUCCCUGCUCAUCAUCCUGUUGGACUGCGAGUUCACAUCUGCCAUGUGGAGUUAGCAAUAGAUAUUCCUGUCACCCAAGAAGUACUUCAAGAACCCAGUUCCAAUGUAGUAAAAGUAGCAUUCACUGUGCGCAGAGCUGGCCGAUAUGAGAUAAGCGUAAAACUUGGAGGUUUGAAUGUUGCGUAUAGUCCUUACUACAAAGUAUUUCAACCAGGGAUGGUAGUUCCCUCGAAAACCAAAAUUGCCUGCCAUUUCUCCACCCUGGUGCUGACAUGUGGGCAGCCACAUACUUUGCAAAUAGUUCCCAGAGAUGAAUAUGAUAACCCUACUAGCAACUCAGUAUCAUUGAUAGAUGAGCACAAUUACAGCCUCUUGAUCCAUGAACUUGGCCCUCAGGAAGAAGAGCCUUCUGAUGUUUUGUUUGAAAAGUCUGUGAUGUCCAAUCAACAGACUUGCCAAGUUUUCUUGAGACUCACCCUACUGCGUAGGGGUUGUUUCCGUGCCUGCAUCUCUUACCAAAACCAGCCUAUUAGUAAUGGAGAGUUUGACAUAAUUGUUCUCAGUGAGGAUGAAAAGAACAUUGUAGAGCGUAAUGUUUCUACCUCAGGGGUCAGUAUCUACUUUGAAGCCUACCUGUAUAAUGCUAGUAGCUAUACCAACACCCAGUGGCAUCUUCCACCCCUGAAUUUGGGCUCCUUUCAGCGACGACUUUCCACUGCUACUGAGGAUGAGGAUGAAGACUCUCCUUCUGAUAGCCCUACCCCUGAAAAACUGAAGAAACCCAAAAAAGUUUAUUGCUACAUUUCACCUAAACAAUUCUCAGUGAAGGAAUUCUACUUGAAGAUUAUUCCUUGGCGUCUGUUUACUUUCCGAGUAUGUCCUGGCACCAAAUUUUCUUAUCAUGGGCCAGAUCCAGUACACAAAUUGCUGACAUUGGUGGUGGAUGAUGGGAUCCAGCCUCCUGUGGAGUUGAGCUGCAAAGAGAGGAACAUCUUGGCAGCCACUUUUAUUCGUUCUCUGCAUAAAAAUAUAGGCGGCUCAGAGACUUUUCAAGACAAAGUCAACUUCUUCCAGAGGGAAUUACGUCAAGUGCAUAUGAAGAAACCUCAUUCCAAAAUUUCUUUGAAAGUUAGCCGCCUUAAUCUUCUGGAUUCAACUCUGAAAGCCACACGGAAUUUUUCUGUUUCUGAUUGGAGCAAAAAUUUUGAAGUGACUUUUCAGGAUGAAGAAGCCUUGGAUUGGGGAGGCCCUCGUAGAGAGUGGUUUGAACUGAUUUGUAAAGUUUUGUUUGAUACAACCAACCAACUAUUUACUCGCUUCAGUGAUGAUAAUCAAGCACUGGUGCACCCUAAUCCUAAUCGACCUUCUUAUCUAAGACUGAAGAUAUAUGAAUUUGCAGGCCGCUUGGUUGGAAAGUGUCUUUAUGAGUCAUCUUUGGGAGGAGCUUAUAAGCAGCUGGUGAAAGCUCGAUUCACACGAUCGUUCCUGGCUCAGAUCAUAGGCUUGAGAAUGCACUAUAAGUAUUUUGAGACAGAUGACCCAGAGUUCUAUAAAUCUAAAGUUUGCUUUAUUUUGAAUAAUGAUGUGAAUGAAAUGGAGUUAGUUUUUGCUGAGGAAAAAUACAACAGAGCUGGACAGCUCGAGAAGGUAGUUGAACUGUUAACAGGGGGUGCUCAAAUGCCAGUAACCAAUGAGAAUAAAAUAUUGUACCUUAAUCUGCUUGCGCAGUAUCGAUUAGCUAAUCAAGUUAGAGAAGAAGUGGAACAUUUUUUGAAAGGCCUCAAUGAAAUGGUUCCUGAAAAUCUCUUGGCUAUUUUUGAUGAAAAUGAACUUGAGUUGCUGAUGUGUGGCACAGGAGAUAUCAACGUCUGUGAUUUCAAAGCACAUGCUGUGGUAGUGGGUGGUUCAUGGCACUUCCGAGAGAAGGUGAUGCGCUGGUUUUGGACAGUAGUGUCUAGUUUUACACAAGAGGAACUGGCUAGACUGCUGCAAUUUACUACUGGUUCUUCUCAGCUGCCUCCUGGAGGAUUUGCUGCACUUUGUCCAUCUUUCCAAAUUAUUGCAGCUCCAACACAUAGUACACUUCCUACAGCCCAUACUUGUUUUAACCAGCUGUGCCUCCCAACUUACGAUUCUUAUGAAGAGGUGCACAAGAUGGUGCAGCUGGCCAUCAGUGAGGGCUGUGAGGGCUUUGGUAUGCUCUGACAUCUACUGGAGGAACCCACUACCUUCCUUAAUUCUUCAGGUCAAGGCUCAGUCUUACUUCACAGAUCCUUCUGUCGCCAAUCCGAAAGGCAGCAGAGAGCAGAAAAAGGCACCAUGUGAAUUGGAACAAUUCAGAGUCUUAUGCUGAUCACUCCUUUCUCAGCAUGGCACCUGUCCAUGAAUUGGGGUUUCCCUGUGGAGUGAGAUUGGAGUUGUAUUUCAUGGGCAUGAUCUGCCUGGGAUUUCUGAUGGGAGGAAGCAUGCAAACCAGUGUUGCAGUUUGGUACAGGAAGCGAUAAGGAUAGUUAUAUAACUUGUUACUUUGGGGAGAUGACUAGAUGAGUUUGGGAGCCCUGAAUCCCCAGAUUACAGGAAGUUUUCAUAUCUUUCCAUGCCUUGACCUAAGUUUUCAUGUAAGCAAUCCCCUUUUUACUUGGAUGUUACAGGAAAGCUUUUAAUAUUUUUAGCCAUCUUGCACUGCAUGAUGCCACUUGUUGUUCUGACUGGUGAACAAGAACUCUAUUACUGGAGCACAAGUGCUGAUCCUUGACAGUGAUUUUGGCCCUCCACCCAGUAGUUGGAGGAAGAGCUGUCAAAACGUUGGGAAGAGUUUCCACUGAUUUUUGCCAGUGAAGUUAAAGAAUAUUGUAGCCUUCCAGAUGCUGUAAUCUCUCCUGUGGAUGUUCAUUAAUUGAUUGUGAAAAUCAAGGCUCAUGAGAGUUUGAGUUCAGAAACUCUGGGGAGGCCUCUUGUUAGCAACCUCUGUUCAGAUAAUGGUAGCAAAAAUGUCAUUUCUGUAUCUUGACAGUAGUUAAACAAGGCAAUUAUUCCAGCAUUUUUCUUUCCUGUGUUCUGCAGCAGAAGCAUUCCAUGAUAUUUUUAGGAGCUGAUAUUGAAGCUGUUUAUUAUUGACACGGAGGAAAUGGGCUUGCAAGGCAGCACAGUGCACUACUGUUUGAACUAGAAGGGGGCAGCCGUGUGAGUUAUCCUAUGUUAUUGAUGAGUAUUUUAGCACUCCCAUUUCCUUGGCAAUAAUAAGUGGGAAUUCAGGGGUCCCAGCUGGCAGCUUAACCAAUUUUUGUCAACAAAGCGAAAAUCUGAUUGGAUAAUAAAGCUGAGUAUUUUGUUGGCACCUAAAGUGCAUUUAUCCUGGUCAGAGAAGACAGUUACUAAUGACUAUAGAUUAUACUGUCAUUACCUGCUAAAAAGUCAUUCUGCUAUACACUGAGGCUCUAAUUUUCUGGAGAAGAAUGGGUAUAUCUUAUGAUACUAUUUAAUAUUGCUGUUUACUUCUCCAUCAUCAAUAGAAUCAUUUGCAAAUUAUAAAAGAGAAGACAGUUUGCAAAUCUGCCUCAUUGAAUAUUGUUAACUUUUUCUUCGUUUGAAUCUGUACCACAUUUAUAAAGAAGUUCAAGCCAUUAUUUUGCCAAAAACAUUGGACUAUUAAGUAUUGAAAUAAUUCAGGGAUCCCUUCCUUGGGGGGCAUUCUUAGAGACCAACACUGUAUUUUUCUCCAUUGGCAGCCAUUUUUUUCUCCUUUAAGUAACUGGUUUUUUUUUAAAGCAUGUAGGUACCAUCUUGAUUGUAUUAAAAAUAAAUUCUUUGGUCAGUGCAAUUAAGGCUUGUAAAUGCCUUGAAACAUUCAUUGCCCACUGCUCAUCCAGGGGACCAAACAAAGUCUAUGCUGCAUAGCUCAGCCAGGUGAUGAUUUAGAGGGUGGGGUGUUUCUUGAUGCUGUUCCAAUCUUUUCUUUCGCUCCAUUGACCUCCCAAGGGCAUUCCCAGGCAUGGCUGGAGGCUGGCUCUGCUACAUCUUCCUCAGGAAUCCCUUUGUUUCUUCUUUAGAGCUCAGUUGUUGUUUUUUUUAAAUUGAAGAUUGAGUGGCUGGAUAUUCAGCAGACAUCUUCUGUUUGAAACCACUCUAUUAAUAAAUGCAUUUGGCACUCUUGCCUCUUUGCAGAAGCCAAGGAUUUUCUUUUUACGUAAGCUAAGUCAAAACAGUGAUAGAUGCCCCUUGUUCUUAGCUAAAAAUCUACUCUUUGUGCUUCUCAGCAUUCCCUUAAUUAACAGGGUCACAUUUGCCCCAGUACUUUAUAGUUUUAGUGCAUUUUCCUAAAUCCUUGCUGCUUAAUUCUUCCCUAAAUCAGUUAUAAUACUCCAGUUCUUUUUGUGUGUCGUGAUGCAGGCUGUGCUGUAACCAACUCUAGUGUGUAUGCACACACAUGUGAGUGCUGAAUAAGUUUUAUGUUUCUUUGGUCCUUGUUUGUUUCACCCAAUAUGGAAUAAUUCCAGGGAUAGAGAUUUCGCUCCUGAUGUAGCCUCCUAUAGAUCUCUGUCUCUUGGAUUGUAUGCCAUAGGAUACCCUUCAUAUGAGACUAUCUUGCAUGCUUUCAUAUCAAGACCUGUUAUUUUAGCUUGGUCAGGGCCAGUUCCCAGUGGCCAGUUUCAGGUAGGAUUCAGCAAGAUUAUGUAAGCCUCUAAUGUAAAUAGUUUGUACAAUAAAUAAAAUAUUUGAAAUAUGA